GGGAGUUUGGGCCUGGGCCGUGAACCAGUAGUUAGUUUCCUGGCCUCUGGAGUCUCAUCCUCCAUCGCUGACUUCAGAGAAUCUUUCAAGAAUUGGCUGGAAGCUGCGGCCCUUAUUAGAGGGGGGCGCCUCGUCACUGAGGCGCAGGGAGCCACGCGGCGUCCUCCGCAGCCCUCAACGGUGGUCGACACACAGCCCUGCUCCUGGAAUUGCGUUUCAGGCGACCUUCAGAGCGCCGAGGAACGCCCGGCCUGUUGUAGUUCCUGCCUGCAGGAACUUUGUGGGAAUUUCGGUAUAUGGAAAAUUGCUCUGUUCCAGCUGGUGUGAAUCCAGAGGUCUUAGUAUCAUACCAGGACCAAAAUAUUGUGUUGGCCAGCUGAGGACCCCCAGAAUCCCAUGGGUUUCUAAUGUAUCAUACAGACAGAAAUCAUCUAGCUACAAGGACAGUUUGAAGAUUUUGCAAAGUGGACCUCCUGAGGCACUCAGCAGCCAUACACUUUCCAAGACUGAUUCCUAACAUUCUAGGUUAUUUUUGUCUAGACUCUUUGGAGUCUGUCUACUUUGAUGCCAUUUGAUACCUGCAGCCUAUAACUGAAUAUUACUGCAUUUCCAUUUGUUCAGGAGCGCCAUGGCCCAUGUUGUCUUGAUUCCUGGGUUGACUCGUAGCACUGUGGGAGCCAUCUGCACACAGGCUUCGUGGAGAUUGACAGCCAGCACUUGGCGGCACCUUACUCUAACCAGCAUAAUGAAAUCCAGAAGGAAAGCUGAUCACUUGGAGAGAACUGCAAGUGUCCUCCGACGGGAGGUCAUGGCUACAGCUAAGGUGUGUGACAUUGCCCAGGAGUCUCCAUCAGUGAAGAGCCUCCGUUUGCUUGUCGCUGAUAAAGACUUCUCUUUUAAGGCUGGCCAGUGGGUUGAUUUCUUUAUCCCAGCAGUCUCUGUCGUUGGUGGGUUUUCAAUUUGCUCCAGUCCCCAACUGCUAGAACGAGAGAGAAUAAUAGAGUUGGCAGUGAAAUACACAGACCACCCUCCUGCUAUCUGGGUUCACAAGAAGUGCACACUUGACUCUGAAGUGGCGCUCAGAGUGGGUGGAGAGUUCUUCUUUGACCCUCAGCCCACAGACGCCCCUCGAAACCUCGUGUUGAUUGCUGGAGGGGUUGGGAUUAACCCCCUGCUUUCCAUCCUGCGCCACUCAGCAGAUCUCCACCGAGACCAAGCAGACAGAGGAAGAGGCUAUGAGAUAGGAGCAAUAAAACUGUUCUACAGUGCCAAGAACACCAGUGAACUCCUGUUUAAGAAAAAUAUCCUCGAUUUAGUAAAUGAAUUUCCCGAGAAGAUUACAUGCAGUUUGCAUGUUACAAAACAGACGGCACAAAUCAGUGCAGAACUUAAACCAUUCAUCACAGAAGGAAGAAUAACGGAGAAGGAGAUACGAAACCACAUUUCAGCAGAGACUCUGUUCUAUAUCUGCGGCCCACCUCCAAUGACGGACUUUUUCUCUAAGCAACUGGAGAGCAGCCAUGUUCCCAAGGAACACAUUUGUUUUGAGAAGUGGUGGUAGGGAGCCGGCCCAGACCUGAGAGCCACUCAGGAGAGUGAGACUGUUUAGGGUUUGUGGGUUUGCCUCCACCUGAGCUAUCUUUUUUAAAGCUGUGAACUAAGUGUCCAACCCAAGACUAAAGAAAAACCAGCACCAGAUUUAUACAAUAAACAUGCUGUCGACUCGUUAGUCAAGCUUUUCUUGACUAUCCUGAUUUUUUCUUUCAUUAAUACCUAUUUAACUAUCUCAUGAUGGUUCAUUGUUAUGGAGUUUCUGGCCCCUGGGAAAAGACCAUACACUCAGUCCAAAUUGAUUACCUACUAGCAGGAUGACAGUCUCUGAGCCAAGGAGGGGUAUUGGGAAAGGUUUAUUAAGGGCGAAAAGCACAUGAAGACUUUCAACAUCUACACAAGCAAGCAAAAUCUGGUCUGUUCUGUCAAGUGGUCAGUGUGACUCAGAACAAUCUGUGAGUAUCUGUAAACAAGUUACAGAAGCCAAAGCAGAAAGCAGUUCGUCGUCGUCACAGUGGAGGGUCCCUGCUGUGGAUUUCUGGUUAGGGGUCACUGAGUCAAGGCUGUUUUCUGGGAACCUGCCUUUCUGGAAUUUUGAGUCUGAGGCAAGCAGUCAUUAGGUAUUAAGAUGGAGGUCUAGCACACAAUGGUUUCUCUGGCUGACCCUUACACCAUGAACUGAUUAAUACAAAUUUUUCUUUGCCAUUAGGAAGAAAAAUGGUCUACUUAAAGGAAAAUAAUGAGUUUUGUGUUUAAAUUAUUGGACAGAGAUUCAUGAAUCUUGUGUUUAGUGAAUUUAUAAUUUUAAAUACAUUCUUAAUUUUA